UUAAAAUUAUCAAACAUGACAAAAAAGCCGGAUAAAUCUGUUAAGCCUAAAACGAAGCUUGCAAAGCAAGAGAAUGCUAAAACUUCUGCAAAGGCUGAGAACGGUGAUUCCGAAGCGACCGGAAUCUGGAAGGAUGAGCGCUUUCAGCAUUUGCUGUCUGACCCGCGUUUUCGCGGUGUGCCCAAGGUGCAACGCAAGGUGAAGAUCGACAAGCGCUUCCAGGGUAUGUUCGACGAAGAGAAGUUCAAAGUCAAGUAUACCGUGGACAAGUAUGGUAGGCCUGUAAAUAAAACAAAUGCUGAAGAUUUGCGCAAGUUCUACGAGCUCGACGAGAACGAAAGUUCAGAUGAAGACGAAGACGCAGAAAAGAAAAAGGCAGAGGAUGCCGAAGAGGACGAGGAACGCCGAGCUGAGGAGCUGGCCAUCAUACACGACGAUGACGGCAACGAUGCUCUGCAGCUGAACAGCGAUGAUGAUGUUUCCGACGUACCUGAGAGCCUACGCGAGCGUCUAACAGAUGUAAAUAUCGACUAUGCCCGCGGAGAGGGCCGCCUUCUGACUGACUCUUCGUCGGGCGAGGAUAGCACGGACGAUGAAGAUGGUCCAGAGCUGCAGAUUGAUCACGUCUGGGGUGAAUUGGAUAUAGAUGCAGAGUGCACAGAAGAGUCGACACGACGUCUGGCCGUGUGUAACAUGGAUUGGGAUCGCAUACGAGCACAGGACUUAAUGGUCUUGUUGAGUUCUUUUCUGCCUCCCGGUGGCAGCGUUCUUAGCGUUAAGAUAUAUCCGUCCGAGUAUGGUAAAGCCCGUAUGGCCGAGGAGGAUGUUCACGGACCCAUCGAGUUGAUUAAAGCCCCGCCCGAAAUAGAUCUCGACUCCGACGAGGAACUGGUGCGCGAGCAGGACAGCGAUGCCGAAGAAGGCGAUGACUAUCACAUGGAGAAGCUGCGUCAAUAUCAGCUGAAUCGCUUGCGCUAUUACUACGCCGUUGUUGAGUGCGACAGCGCCGCCACUGCUGACAAGGUGUACCAGGAGUGCGAUGGAAUUGAGUAUGAGAGCUCAGCGACACGUGUGGAUCUGCGUUUUAUACCAGACGACACGGACUUCUCUGAGGACAUGCCUACGGACGAGUGCUACGAGCUGCCGGAUGCGAACAGCUAUCAACCAAGACAGUUUACCACAACGGCACUGCAGCAGGCAAAAGUGGAUCUCACUUGGGAUGAGACGGCACUGGACAGGCGUGAGCUGGGCGACAAGCUGUCUAGCGGCAAGGUCGAUCAGUUGAACGACAAGGAGCUGCGUAAGAUUGUUGCCUACAGCAGUGACGACGAUGAAGAAGAAGAGGAAGAGGAAGAAGAAAAGGACGUGGAUUCGAAGAAGAAAGAGAUUGAUGACGAACAGACCACAAAGGAAACUCCUGCUGCCAAGAAGCCAGCUAAGGGUCUCAAGCAAAAGGAGCGCAUCGAAAAGUAUAAAAGUCUGUUGGCUGAAAUCAACGCUCAGGAGCAGAAGUCGAAGGAGAAAAGCUAUGAAAUGGAAAUGUCCUGGAAUAUUGAGGCGCCCGAGGAUAACCAGACCAAAGAACCAUCAAGUAGCAGCACCAUAGUACCACUGACACCAAUCGAAAAGGUACUGCAGAAGCGUAGCGAGAAGAACAAGCGUCGUAAGGAGCUGCGCCGUCGUAAGCAACUGGAACUCAAGGGCAUUGAUCCCGAUGCGGCAGAGAGCAGCGACGACUCCAUUCCCGAUGGUAUUGAUAUGAACGAUUCAUACUUUGCGGAGGAGUUUGCCAGCGGUGAGUACGAGAAGCCCAAACAGAGUAAAAACGCCAAAUCGAAGAAGCAAAAGAAUAAGAAAGCAACACCGAACGAUGCGGAAGCGGAGUCAGAGGCGCAACUGGCGCUGUUGCUGGACGAUGGUGACGAAGGUGACCAGCAGCCAAAGCAGCACUUCAGCCUGGCCAAAAUCCUAAAGGAGGAGCAGGCCACCAACAGCAGCAGCAAGCGCAAGCGACGCAAGCAACUGAAGAAAUCAAAGUCCGGCGAGGGCAAGCAGCAGGAGGAGGAUAACUUCCAAGUCAAUCUGAAUGAUGAGCGCUUCAAUGCCAUCUACAAGUCGCACGAGUUCAACAUUGAUCCCACGCACUCCAACUACAAGCCUACCAAAGGCAUGCAGCAGCUGAUAGGCGAGAAGCUGAAACGGCGCCACGCCCAGACCGAGCAGAAAGAGCAGGAGCCCGAGCCGGAGCCGGACAAGAAGCGUUCCAAGCAAGAGCUGGAGCGUCGCGCCCUGGUGAAGAGUCUCAAAAUGAAGAUGGGGCAACAGAAAAAGAAGGCGUAGGGUUAGACUACGGUUAAAAUAUAUUGCUUAUAGCAUGUAAAAUAUUACGAUCUACGAUCUAAGAAUUAAUAAUAAAAUGUCUUUGAACACGAAUUGCAA